AUGGAAGAGGUGGGUGGAGAAACAUGGAGGACAGGGAUAUGGAUGGAGAGACGUGGUGGACACGGAUAUGAAGGAGAUGAAUGGAUAGACGAGGUGGACAGGGGUAUGAGGGAGGUCGGACCAACCAGAAAUGAUCCAAAGGACGUGGCUGAUGAUAACGUUUCGUUUGUUGCAACUAGUAGCACUACAUCACCAUCAAUACCUGCAACUAGUAGCACUACAUCAUCAUCAAUACCUGCAACUAGUAGCACUACAUCAUCAUCAAUACCUGCAUCUAGUAGCACUACAUCAUCAUCAAUACCUGCAUCUAGUAGCACUAUAUCUUCAUCAAUACCUGCAUCUAGUAGCACUACAUCAUCAUCAAUACCUGCAUCUAGUAGCACUACAUCACCAUCAAUACCUGCAUCUAGUAGCACUACAUCAUCAUCAAUACCUCACUACAUCACCAUCAAUACCUGCACUAGUAGCACUACAUCACCAUCAAUACUUGCAACUAGUAGCACUACAUCACCAUCAAUACCUGCAUCUAGUAGCACUACAUCAUCAUCAAUACCUGCAUCUAGUUGCACUACAUCAUAA